AUGACUUGCAACCAAUGUUUCGCAAGAUUCUCACCAUUUGUUGGUAACGAACUUGCGCAGAUAUACAGCGACCACAUAGCGUGCAAUAACUCAAAGGAUUGCCGACCUGUGAACAUCGGCGACAUGCAGCGCGUACAAAAGAACAGAUCCAGCCGUUUCUCCAAGCGGAGACGGAAUUUCCUGAAAAAGGCACACGAUCUACACAUUGAUUGCGAAGUAGACGUUUAUUUGUGCGUGCGCAGCAAGAGGAGCAACAAAAUCUGGCAAUACUCCAGUGACUUUACUCCGCCUUCACAACGGGAGAUGGCUAGUAUAUAUCCUCUGCCGGUUGUCCUGGGGCCAGAAGACUUCACGAAGAAGGGAUCUACCAUGGGCGAACCUCAAGGCGGUCACUUCCCGGAGAAACCAUCCGACGCCUUGGUCCUCCAAGCGUCCAUCGCUUCCGGGGUCACUGGGCUGGAGGCAGAGUCGGACCCCUCUGAGCCAUUCGGAGCUUCGAUUCCUGCUGGACUCUUUAUGUCGACUGGAUGUCUCCUGUCAUUUGAUGGAUAA